AUGAUCAAGGGAGUGUUGAUGCUUGCGUUUAGUGCGUGUCAUGCUAUGUUUUACAUCGCCUGCGACUACAGUUUGUAUUGGAUACUGAAAUUAAUUGAGAAACAUUUCGAAUUGAAGGUGAACCCGGAAGUACCUGCUCAUCUCAAGCUCCAUGUGCAGGGUGGUGGAGCGAUGGCGGAUAUGUAUCGAGCUAUGAUUGGAUUGCUGGAUCCAGUAUCUGCUGAACGAUUGAGUAUUGAUACCACACCGUGUCUACCAAAUCCAGGAAUUCCUAAUUUUAAAGUCUAUAAGAUGGUUCUAGCCAUGUUUAUUAUCUGUCUGUUCAUGACUAUUUUUGAGUCGUACGGACUUCGAUUACGUCAUAUUAUUGCUGGUUGUUAUUAUCCCAGACGAGAGCAAGCUCGAGCAGUUUGGUUAUACAAUCGCAUCGUUAAAAUGCGUGGGAAAUUCUUGGUGAUGGCGAGGCGCCAAGUCCGUAGAAAAUACAAAAAAGACAAAGAAAGUCAUAAAAUCAGUCUAAAAGCACGUUUAGCUCUUCAAUUUCCAUUUUUGGGUAAAGUUAUGAAGUUCUUCGGAUAUGAGAAAAAGAUGUGUUUAAGCUGUGCUAAGGAAGGUCGUCUACAGGAUUAUGAUAACUUCCAGCAUUGUGACAGUCCUGGUUGUGACGCUGUGUAUUGUUUAGAAUGUUUUGCGGACUUGAAUAACAUAUGUACAGUUUGUAUGAACCCUAUCGAUUAUGGUGAUAACUCGGAUAUUAGCGAGGAGAGAGACUCAAGCGACGACGAGUUUUACAUCUUGGGCAUGCAGAUAAAAGCGCGGGAGAGACAAGAGAGAUUGGACGAGAUUCGAAAGGCCAAGCGCUACAGCAACACCAUGUUGGCUUUUAAAGGAUUCAUGGGUAUUGCUAAAGACGCUACAGCUACCGAUAUGAUGGAACUUGAUCCAUCCCCGUGA